GCUGACCCUCUUGGCACUACAGACCAUGUUGGAACAUACCCAGGAUCCCUCGCUAAUCACCAAAGCGCGCACAGCAGUUGAGAAACAUUUCAACUCCGUCGUGGAAGAUCAGAAGCAGGACUUCCUGGAUUUCCUCUUUGAUCGAGAUGUGGCCCUGAGCGCUUCAUUGAGAGACUCCAUUUUCGCAUGUUUGGUGGCCUACAAACAUGAGAUGCUGAGCAAGGCGCCUCUUCAAAUUGAUACACCGAUGAGCCAACCUCUUCGACGGUACAGCCUCGCUGGUGCUUCGCCCUCGCGUGAGCCUUCCAAGGAGCCACCGAUCCCGGAACGUAACUCCAAACGAACCGUGACUGAGAUCGCUGGCCUCCGAUGAACCGUUUUUUUGCGCGUGUCGGACCGUUGCGACGUUCAACGCUGCUGAAACAUGAGGUCAGUGGAAGGUGGACUUCAGGA